GUAGCUGUUUUGCAACUGUUGCAGGGGCGUGGGAUUUUUUUUACUCAUUUAUCAACGCAUUUCUAGCUAUUUACCCUCUGGAUUUGUAGUGUAGACCACAUCAGAGCAUUACUAUAGUCUUGACUUGUUUUUGCUUGUUAAAAUGGCUAACAUUGACCUCGCAAGGAUCGGAAACAACACGUUGAAGAGCGAGACGGGGGAGACAGUGGAGCUGAAGUCUCUAUGGAACGACCAACCAGUGGUGCUGUUCUUCCUUCGUAGGUUCGGUUGCCAGAUUUGCCGGUGGAUGGCAUCAGAAAUCAGCAAGUUAGAGCCAGAUUUGAAGGCCAGUGGUGUAUCUCUGGUUGGGGUUGGUCCAGAAGAGUUUGGGCUACAAGAGUUUAAAGAAGGAGGCUUUUUUAAAGGAGCUAUUUUUGUGGAUGAGAAGAAAAAAUGCUACAAGGACCUUGGCUUUAAAAGAUACACUGCUCUCAGUGUUGUUCCUGCUGCUCUGGGGAAGAAAGUACGAGACAUUUCCUCAAAGGCAAAUGCAGCAGGAAUUCAAGGAAACUUCUCCGGAGACCUUCUUCAAAGUGGAGGCAUGCUAAUUGUGAAUAAAGGUGGAGAGAAAGUCCUACUGCACUUCAUCCAGGACUCUCCUGGAGACAUGCUUCCUCUGGAGGAGAUCUCAAAGGCUGUGGGGAUCUCAGCCACAGUGCAGGCCGGACAGAAACCUGUGUGCAACGAUGACGUCUGUACGCGGUGAUGGUGCUAUCGAAGGUGAAAGCAAAGGUUUAUAAUGAAGAAAAGCCUAUUAUUUUAACAGUUUAUUUAAUUUUGUAAAUCAAUGCAAUUUUAUGUAAUGCAAUUUUCCAACCAUGAACAUCUUUUUCUACUUGAUAGUACUAUUUGUGUUUUAAUUCACUACAUAUCAAACCAGUGUGUGUGGUAUUGUCUACUGAAUUACACCGUGACCACUGUGCACAAGCCAGUUCUGAUACAUGUUUUUUUUUUAAAUUAUUUAUCAAACAAACCUCUCAAAAAGACUUAUUAUUAGAGGGCUACAGCUAAGGCCUCAUAAAUCAUAUUUGA